AUGGAAGCGGCGUACGCUGCGUUCAAUCUCGCCCGAGUGCUCACGCUGCAGUCGCAAAAGGCAGAGGACGCCGCGGCGCUGCUCCAGCAGGCAGAGUCGCUCGUGCUUGAGGCUCACGGCAUCGCGCUCGCUGCCGGCGACGCGACUCAAGCUGCCACGUUCGUGGAUGAGAUCCUCGAGCUCCUCACCGCCGACUCCGCCGCAUGCGCCACGGCCUCCCAGCUCCGCGCAGCCUACCUCGAGGCGAGCGGCGAGGAGUGGUCGCCCAAGCCACUGGACGUCCUCAUCGUCGGCGCCGGCGCCUCGGGCGUCGGGAUGGGGAUCCUGCUGACCAAGGUCUUCCGGCUCCGGCCGCAGCGCGUGCUGCUCGUCGAGCGCGGGGGCGGGGUGGGCGAGUCCUUCCUCCGCUGGCCAAGAGAAAUGCGCUUCAUCUCGCCCUCCUUCAACCAGCAGGGCUGGACAAAGUCCUUCGACCUCAACAGCGUUGUGUACGGCACGUCGCCCGCAUUCACGCUGCACGCCGAGCACCCCACCGGCGAGCAGUACGCCCGGUACCUCCGCGCACUCGCCGAGCGGGCGAAGCUCGCCGUCCGGACCGGCACCGAGGUGGAGGCGGUGGAGGUCGGCCCGGCCGGAGACGACGGUGGCGGGGAGCGCACGGUCCUGCGGAGCCGGUACGUGGUCUGGGCGGCGGGCGAGCUCCAAUCCCCGCGCGAGAGGCGGACACAUGUCCAGGACAACGGCCCUCUCUUCCCAGGCUGCGAGCUCUGCCUGCACAACUCCGAGGUCCGCAGCUGGAAGGAGCUGCCCGGCGACGACUUUGUCGUCAUCGGCGGCUACGAGAGCGGGAUGGACGCCGCGUCCAACCUCGCGGCGAGCGGGAGGCGCUUUCGCCGACUGAGCAGGGGCGUGCACGACCCCUCGACCGAGCUCGCUCCCUACACGGCGGAGCGGGUCCGCGCGGCGUGCGCCUCGCCCACCCCGCCGCGCCUGCUCGCGCCGCUGCGGGUCUUUGCGGUCGAGCGGGCCGGGCGAGGCGACGCGGGCGGAUACGUCGUGCGGGCGCGCGAGGUGUCGCUGUGCACGCCGCAGCCGCCGGUGCUAUGCGCUGGCUUCGAGGGGAGUGAGAAGGAUGGCGCAGCUGCAGGGUGCGCCGAGGGCGCCCCGCUUCUCACAGAGCAGGACGAGAGCACAAAGACGCCGGGCCUCUUCCUCGUCGGGCCGGCCGUGAGGCACGGCGAGCUCUCCUUCUGCUUCGUGUACAAGUUCCGGCAGCGCUUCGGGAUCGUGGCCGACGCCAUCGCGCGGGGGCUUGGGCGCGACACGAAGGAAGCCGUCGAAGAGUGCCGAGAGAUGAAUAUGUUCCUCGACGACUUCGAGUGCUGCAAGGCGGCGUGCGGGGAGUCGUGCUAG